AUGGCCACCUACGGCGGCGGCGCCGCCAACUACUACAACCAACAACAGCCCCCUCCGCCACAGCAAGGCGGCCCCUUCUACUACUACAACAACAAUGGGCCGGCAAACGACGGCCAGCACGCGCCUCCCGCCUAUCCUCCUCCUCCUCCGCAAGCAGAACCCAAGGGACCGCCGCCGAGUUACGAUGAAGUGUUCGCCAUCCAGAAGCCGAAGUGGAACGAUGUGUGGGCCGGCCUCCUCUUCCUGGCCACCUGCGCCGGCUUCGUCGUAGUGUCGGCCAUCUCCAUCCAGGGCUACGCCGCGACGCGGCGCGAGAACUCGGGGGCGCUCAACGGCCAGCUCAACACCUUCGGCCUGACCACGCACACCAUCUACCUCUUCCUCUGGGUCCUCCUGACCGCCAUCGUGCUCAGCUACGCCUACAUGUGGCUCGCCCGCACGUUCACCAAGCAGUUCGUGUGGGUGACGGGCAUCCUCAACGUCGUCCUCGGCUUCGUGACGGCCAUCUACAUGCUCACGCGGCGCUACUACUCGGGCGGCGUCGUGUUCCUGGUCUUCUCCGUCUUCAUGGCCGUCUGCUUCCUCAGCUGGCGCCGCCGCAUCCCCUUCAGCGUGCUGAUGCUGCAGACCGCCAUGGACGUCGCCAACCGCUUCGGCCACGUCUACCUCGUCAGCGCCGUCGGCGGCCUGCUGGCCACCGCCUUCGCCGGAUGGUUCUCGGUCACGCUGGUCAGCGUCUACGUCAAGUACGAGCCGGGCGCGAACAACCCGGCCUGCCGCCAGGGGGCCGGCGGGUGCAGCACGGCCAAGGUGGCCGGCCUGAUCGCGUUCAUCACCUUCGCGGCGUACUGGAUCUCCGAGUGGCUCAAGAACACCAUCCACACGACCAUCUCCGGCGUGUACGGGUCGUGGUACUUCAACUCGCGCAACUACCCGACCAGGGUCACCCGCGGCGCGCUCAGGCGGUCGCUGACCUACAGCUUCGGCAGCAUCAGCCUGGGCAGCCUGGUGGUCGCCAUCAUCAACUUCCUGCGGCAGCUGGCGUCGGUGGCGCAGCAGCAGGCCGCGUCCGAGGGCGACAUUUUGGGCACCAUCCUCUACUGCAUCGUCGGGUGCCUGAUCUGGAUCCUCGACUGGGCCGUUCAGUUCCUCAACCGCUACGCAUUCUCGCACAUCGCCUUGUACGGAAAGGCGUACAUCCCGGCAGCCAAGGACACAUGGAGGAUGAUCAAAGACCGCGGCAUCGACGCGCUCAUCAACGAAUGCCUGAUCGGACCCGUGCUCGGGAUGGGCGCCACCUUCGUGGGCUACGCGUGCGCGCUGCUGGCAUACCUGUACAUGGUGUUCACGCGCCCGGCGUACAACGCCGCCGGCGGCUACACGCCCGUCGUGGUGGCCUUCGCGUUCCUCAUCGGCCUGCAGAUCUGCAACGUCUUCACGACCCCGAUCAGCAGCGGCAUCGACGCCAUCUUCGUCGCCGCCGCCUGGGACCCGGAGGUCAUGAUCCGCGACCACCCGGAUCUGUACCACCGCAUGGUGCAGGUCUAUCCGCAUGUCCAGCAGGCCAUCCACGCGUGA